CUUGGAGUGAGUCACGUGCUCCUCCAUAUCCUGAAGUAUUAGGUUUUUCCUCUGGGCCCCCCCCCCCCCCCCCCGCCACUGAAUGGAGUAUGUUUACUAAACCCAGUACCCCCGCAUUCACUAUAUCUGCUCUCCCCGGACCCCGCAUUCACUAUAUCAGCUCUCCCCGGACCCACCAUUCACUAUAUCCGCUCUCCCCGGACCCUGCAUUCACUAUAUCAGCUCUCCCCGGACCCACCAUUCACUAUAUCCGCUCUCUCCCCGGACCCUGCAUUCACUAUAUCUGCUCUCCCCGGACCCCGCAUUCACUAUAUCCGCUCUCCCCGGACCCCGCAUUCACUAUAUCCGCUCUCCCCGGACCCCGCAUUCGCUAUAUCUGCUCUCCCCUGACCCCGCAUUCACUAUAUCCGCUCUCCCCGGACCCCGCAUUUACUAUAUCCGCUCUCCUCGGACCUCACAUUCACUAUAUCCGCUCUCCUCGGACCUCACAUUCGCUAUAUCUGCUCUCCCCUGACCCCGCAUUCACUAUAUCCGCUCUCCCCGGACCCCGCAUUCACUAUAUCCGCUCUCCCCGGACCCCGCAUUCACUAUAUCUGCUCUCCCCGGACCCCGCAUUCACUAUAUCCGCUCUCCUCGGACCUCACAUUCACUAUAUCCGCUCUCCCCGGACCCCGCAUUCACUAUAUCCGCUCUCCUCGGACCUCACAUUCGCUAUAUCCGCUCUCCCCAGACCCCGCAUUCACUAUAUCCGCUCUCCCCGGAACCCUGCAUUCACUAUAUCCGCUCUCCCUGGACCCCGCAUUCACUAUAUCCGCUCUCCUCAGACUUCACAUUCACUAUAUCCGCUCUCCCCGGACCCCGCAUUCACUGUAUCCGCUCUCUCCCCG